AUGUCCGACGCCCUGCCCGACGAUGCCUGGGUCAACAACUUUCUCGACACCCCUCCACGACCUCUUCUCACUGCACUUCAGCGUCGUCUACAAGCCUCCACGUCACACGCGAAUGCCUUGGCUGAAGUUUACAAACAGCGGGCGAGUGUAGAAGCUGCCUAUGCCGAGGGGCUGGCAAAGUUGGUCAGGUCGGCAGAGAGCGGACAGUUGGCUGGUAAGGGCGGGAUUGAGUGGGGUAAGGAUGGUGCGGAGGGUAAACUAUGGGAUAGUGUGUUAAAUGAUUUGCGAGAGACAUCCACAUCUCACUCGACCCUUUCCGCACUCCUCAAAACAGACUUCGAAACUCCUCUCAGAGAAAUGCCUCAGAAAAUCGUAGCCUGGCGUAGGAUAACAGAACAAGAUUUAUCUCUCGAUCGCACUUUAAAAGAAUAUGAAAAAGUUUCUCAAAAACGAGAUAAAGCCGAAGCCAAAGCACGUGGCGGUAAAGCUGAAUUAUUACAACAAGAAGUCAAUCAAUUAUCUUCUCAACUCGUGUCUCUCUCUCCACUAGUCUACACAACUUAUCAAAAACUAGACGAGGAACGUUUACGCACUUUGAAAGAAAUCAUAGUUCGAUUCUGCACCUUACGAGGGGAUAUGUCAGCUAGGGAUGGUGAACGAGCCGACACCGCUAUAGCUUCUUUAUUGGGAUGGGAAACUCAAGAUGAGGUGAGGUUGGUAGGACAAAGAUUGGGAUCGAUGGGUGUUGGACAAGGAAGUAGAGGUCCAUUGAUGUCUUCUGUCAGUAGUACGAAUACCACACCGAGGACAGUGAGAAGAUUGAGUUCUGUACCUUCUGUCAAUAAUGAUUUUUCUCCUCGACCACCGAUGAGACAGAACGGAUCGGGAUCAGGUGUGGCUCCUGGUACACCCACAGGUGGGUUUGCAGGUUUGAAAUCGAUUUUGGGACGAAAGAAUACUGUGGUAGGGAGAGGAAGAAGUAACAGUAUACCUAAUUCUACUCGAAGUGGAGGACGAGAUUUGGAUGCUUUUGAGACUUUGAAUGAGGAAGAUGGGAAUCAGGGUACAGUGAGACAACGACCAGCGCCUUCUAUUCGUACCGUUGAUAAUGAAGGUUUCACAGAACCGCCCCCUGAUCGACAUCGGAACCCAUGGGAAGAUCCAAAUGAACUCAUUCCCACUCCUGCUACUUCUUCACCUCGGGCAUCAUCUCAAACCACUUCCGCCAACCCACCUCAACUUCCCGCUCCAUCUUUCGGACAAACAUUCGAAGCAUCACCCACUACAUCACAAGAUAAUCUGUCCAGUUCAGCAUCUUCUCAACAUCAACCUGGCAAGUUGAAUCUGGCCAUGAGCACAAUUCCUAUUCAAGAAACUGACGAAGAACGUCAAUUAGCAGUUGCUAAAAUCCAAGCUGCCCUCUCUUUACCUCAACAACCCACAAGAAGGGGUACGGUCGCUCGUGGUCGAAGAGAUGUCAGAAAUACAAUGUUUGGUGGUAAUGUAGAUACUACCCUCAAUACAUCUGGACUCGGAAAUUUGCAAGAAUCGACAAUGACCAUGACUGAAUCACCUAUUCAGCAACAUGAUAAUUUACCUUCUUCUCCUACUGGAUCAACCAACAUCAUACCCUUAGGACCGGUGGUCACAGGGACAGGAAUGAAUGGAUUUGAUCCUCAUACUCCUGGAAAACCUUCUGCGCAACGAAGGACAUCAUCAGCUUCCAUCAUUUCCAAUAAUCCAUUCGAUUCACCCGGUUUAAAUUUCUCACCUCCUACUUCCAUCCCCGGUUCAACGAUGCAAGAAGGUCUUCGAGCCAACAUGUUGGAAACCAUCAAUACAGUCAUACGUUCAGGUAUCGUAACAAAAGUUCAAAUAACCGGUGAAAUACAUUUCUCACUUUCACUUUCUUCUUUUUCAACAUCUUCUCCAAUUCAUAUCCGUCUCACAUCAUUCGAAUCUCUUGAGAAAAUAGCACCCAAUCCAACUUAUCUAUCACAAGUACCGGAUAACCCAGGAGAAUAUUAUCUUAAUCCUGAAACACUUUCACAAGCAAGUAAAACAUCAAUACCGAAAGGUGUACUUUUAUUCAAAUACCAAGCUCAUCUUUCUCAAGGAACCGAAUCGACAGUUUUACCUAUUUUAUUAGAACCUGCUUUCCAAAAGAUAAUCGUUAAUUAUAAACUCAAUCCUGAAUCUUUGUUAUCAUCUUCUUUAAGUGAUGAAAUGACUUUAUCAGCGGCUUUCGGUCCAGGAGUAGGUGUGAAAGAAGUUCAAGCGAAACCUGCUGGAGCGAUUUGGAGUCCAAAUACAAGACGAAUGACUUGGAGAGUUCCUCUCCUCAACGGGGGAAAUAAUAUCAAAGGAGGUGGGGGUGGGGGUGGUGGAGGUGGAAGUCUUAAUUCUCCGGCCGGGGGAGUAGGUAUAGGAGGAAAAGCAGUAGCGAGAUUAGUAACGGAAGAAGGAGAACCUUUGGUACCAUUAGCAGUGGCGGGUAUGUGGAAAGUGGAUGGCAUGUUAGGUAGUGGUUUAGGGAUCGAAGUAGUUGAAGGAGGGAUUAAUUUUGAUCAAGUGAAAAAAGGGACAAUGGCAGGGAAGUAUCUAGCGGAACCGGUGUAG